AUAUAGUUGGUUCAGUGAUAAAAGUGUGUGACUACCUUGUGAACUUUAAAUUACUUUUGUAUGGUGUUAGUGAAAUAGGCUCUAGGAAUAACACCAAGAUGACUAAAUACCUACCGAAACUAUUUGAAGAUUUAGUAGGGAUGGCGGACACGCAGAACCUCAAGCCGGGCGUGAUACGUAGCACCCGCGACUACCUCCCGAACCCCUUACCAGCAUCAGAAUCUCCAAAUGAUUCUAAAGACGUUCGAAAUGACUCAAAAGAUGGCCACAAUGAUCGUGACGACGCUCAGCAAUCUCCGGUAGUUAAUCAAAUUGAUUCCAAUUAUUCUGAAGACCACAAUGACUCUGAUAACGCUCAAAAUAACACGGAAGAUGGUCGCAUUGACACGGAAGAUGGUUGCAAUGACACGGAAGAUGGUCGCAAUGACACGGAAGAUGGUCGCAAUGACACGGAAGAUGGUUGCAAUGACACGGAAGAUGGUCGCAAUGACACGGAAGAUGGUCGCAAUGACUCGGAAGAUGGUCGCAAUGACUCAGACGAUCACAAUGAUUCUAACGCUCGCAAUGAUUCGGAAGAUUCUCGCCACGACUCAGAAGAUCACCAGUCGCCUGUCUCCACUGUUUUCGGGGACGAUGACUCUUCAGCUGUAUCUACAACCAGAGAGAAUCCGAGGGAGGUCCGCAACCGUGCGGAGAAGAUGAGACGGGAUAGACUGAACCAGUCUGUUGCCGAUCUCGCGUCUAUGGUGCCACCUGUAGUAGCAGCUAGGCGUAAAUUGGACAAGACAACUGUAUUGCGUCUCACAGCACAUUAUCUGCGAGCUCAUCAAUACGUAUUUGGUGACUCGAUUGGGAAGUGCCCACGGGACUUCAGCGCGGCUUCGAUUCAAAAAGUUUUGAGCAUGUUCAAUGGAUUCCUGAUAACUACAACGUAUAGGGGCAUCAUUGUGGUCGUUUCACAAAAUGUCAACCAAUAUCUGGGAUAUAAUGAGAUCGACUUACUCGGUCAAAAUCUCCAUACAAUAACCCACGAAGCAGACCGGGCCUUGCUUCGCGACCAGCUUAUGCCAAGGUCCCAGAAACUGGGUCCGAAUGGAGAACUCUUGAUACCAGACGAACCUGAUGCCAUUAAAAAAGUCAAAAGGGCUUUGGCAAACGAGAAACGGAAAUUUACAAUUAGGCUUAAGAAGUUAGGCCAGCGCUCUGAGCCCAACCAGUACAUAACAUGCCACGUGGAGGGAUCCCUGAGGAAGUCAGACCGUGCCUGCCGCACCUACAACCGUUGUUGUCAGGUCGUGCGCCGAGCGAGGGCCAGGUCUGACAACCCGUGCUCCAGCGGCAAUGAUAUCGUGUUCAUAGGUAUUGUGCGACCUACGAGCGAAACGUUCAUCAACGAGAGUGCCCUCGAAUCGUACCGAAUGGAGUAUCGCACCAGGCACUCGAUCGACGGCGAGAUUAUACAGUGCGAUUCUCGCAUUGCUCUCGUCACCGGCUACAUGACGCACGAAGUCAGCGGCGUGAACGCAAUGAAUUUCAUGCACCGCGACGACGUGCGCUGGGUCAUCAUCGCUCUUCGAGAGAUGUACGACCAGCACAGGCUAUUUGGCGAAUCAUGCUACCGACUCAUUACCAAAAAUGGUCAGUCCAUCUACAUGAGGACACGCGGCUCUCUGGACGUCGACAGGGACUCGCGUGCUGUCACGAGUUUCGUGUGUACCAACACUGUUGUCGACGAGGAAGAAGGCAAACAAUUAAUUAAACUCAUGAAAAGGAAAUUCAGGCUAUUGGUAAACAACAAUGAAUCCCCUAGAGUGGAUGAAAUUGAAGAUGCUCCUGAAGAAAAUGAGCAAAAUGAUGACGAGGCGGUCCCGGUUGAAGACCCGCGACGCCUCGAGCAAGUUAUUCUACAUUUGGUCACCAAUUUACCAUCGCCUGCGCCAACAGAAUCUAAUCAUGAACCAAAUUCUUCACCGCAGAAAAGUAAAUCGCCACAUCAUCUUACAAUAAUUCCUCCAAACAAGGAGCGAAUAGUUAGCGCGAUUGAAAAAAUCUACAAUGUUAUCAAAGCGGUCCCCAGAGAUUCAAACCAUGAAGAGGGAAGUAGCUACGCCGGGUCAAGCCACAGCACUCCCAAGUAUAACAAUACAAACCAAAUAGAAAAGAAUGUAGCACCUUCACAGCUAGCACCGGUGGCUCCAUUCCAAAGCUGCCACGUGUCAAACUACGUGCACGUUCCCGAGAACAUCUUCAGAUACCCUUCUCCUACCCCUGAAAUACCACAACAAGAAUACAAUCCCCCAUCGAUUCUGAACACAGUGGCGUCUCCUGAUUUGGGCUAUUUUGACUCGUCACCAAGUCCAUUCUCUGACUUUACACUAUUUUUGGGUAAUUUUGAUCAGAAUGAAAAUGCUGAUGACAUUUUCUAUGAGCAACCCCUUCCUGCUACUGUGGAGGAAAUCCCAUAUGAGACACCAGAACCGGCGCACUACAUGCCAUCCCAAUAUUCAGUGCCAGCAGACUUGUUUGAACCAUAUCUGUACCCAGAACCGAGCACAAGUACCUACUCCUGUGGAAAUAAGCGACGUAAUAAUGAGUUUGACGAUUGUGAGGUUGCUUACAAAAAGAAGGUGACAGAAACCGAAGUAUUCCGAACAAAUGAACAAAGUUCAAACUCAGGAUCACCACUUGAAUCGUUAUUUGAUGAAUCAUUUUUGGACAGUGACCAAAUUGAAUCGGCAUUGAAUUCUUUGGACGAGUUUGAUCCAUCGUUUCUUGAUUUAUUGAGUUCCUCUGAGGUCGAAGAUAUUCUGGGCCAAAUUGAGGAACACACUGAAGAAGAGGAGCAAAAGCCACCAGAUGUUGAUUUAUCAAAUUAUGAAUAAGUUUUUAAAUACAAAACUCACUAAUGUUUUGUGAUUAAUCUACUAAUGUGUUAGAUGAAUUGAGGUUUUGUUCAAUGUCCUGUUGAUUUUGUUGAAAGCAGCUGUUGUAAGUAGUGCUCUGUGGUAAAGAAGAAGCCACUCUAAGAACCCUACCGCAACUGUUUUAAUAAUUUGUCUCGGACAUAUUUGGAACAAUUCUCUGAGACGUGUGUACUUCUUGUACCUUUAUUUCAAAGUUGAAUUGUAAAGAUCUCGGAUAAAAUAUUAUGUAGAUUUAGUUUAUAAUAUUAAUGGUAGAUGUUAUGACAUGUUUUAGCUAUAGUUGUAGGGAUGUAGUUGUUAUGGAUUUAGUGUCAUUAACCUUUGAUAUCAAGAUUUCAAAAUUACGGGUCCUUGUAGUCACUGUUAAGCGUAAUAAGUGUCUAGAUGUUAAGCAAAUUUAAAUAUAGCAUUGGCAUUUAGUUUGUGAAUAAGGCGUUUUUCAUUAACAGCUCAGUGAUUUCAUUAAUUACAGGGUUAUUUUAGAACCAGCAUCGAUUCAAUAAUAAUACGGCACGUACCAUAUAGUUGGUGGGUCUCAACAAAAUGUUUAAAAAAGUAUAAAGUAAUGAAUAACCCUGUAUUUAUCAACGUUGAUUAGCCCAGGAUAUAACUGGUUAGUUUUAAAGCGGUGUUCCAAAAUGGACACUUUAAUAUACUUAAGUUUAAUGUUCUUAUAUAUCCAUGUUAUUGAGUAGUGGUAGCUAUAUCGUUAGUAGUGUACGAAUACACGUAGCUAGUAAUUACGUCGAACAGAUUCGACAAAAUCACUUGUUUAAGAUUAUUCUAAGCUAUGUAAGUGUAAUCGCAAAUUUUGAUUUGAUUAACCGCUUACGGUAUACCAGAACACGCCUACAGAAUUGUAGCAAGCAAAAUAUUUCGUUAAGACACCUUCAUUAGUAGGUAAUCUAUAUUGCCAAAGUUAAACAAAAAUUUUAAAUGUUAAAGAAACUAGUCACGUCAACCAGUUUGUCACAACAACUUCGUUAAUUAAAGACAAAGUUUGAAAGUGAAACUAAUCUUGACAUAGUCCCUGUUUUUCGUGUAACGCAUAACUUAGAAAUAUCUUAUUUUGACGUAUCGUAAGACUGAGUAUUUUUAAUUGUUGGCUUCAAAAUAUAUGUUAAAGUUUAAGCGAUUUGUUUAGAUUUAUAUUUCAGCAUUUUGUAGUUGACUUUUUGAUUUUUAUUACCUUUUUAUAAAACCCUGAGGGGAUAAUUAAUUUCUAUUAUGUUAUUGUUUAUUUGUGCAUCAUUGAACCUUUUAAUUAAAGUAAAGGUAAGAUGAAAAUCUUUUGUGUAGUUAGAAAGUUAAACACUGAUUGAUCAAUGAUUUUAAAUCUGUAGAAUGUUCAAGAGAGGUUUAAUAAUGCCUAAAUAGAAAAAAAAAUAGUUUUUUUUUUGUAAAAGUUGCCAUGUAUCCUGUCACAUUGUGUCAGACGGAACAGAGCAAUUGCUAUAAAGGUUAUAGAUAUCAAAGCUUCUUCAUAACACUUCGAUUAUAUUCAUAACAUUAAUAUUCUAGUUAGACUAGUGGGUAGAGCCAGUCAGUACCGAAAAUUGUUGACUUUAAUAUUGCAUUUGACACUAGGACUUUGAUUUAUCACUGUAGAUACGUAAUUUUACUCGGAGCUUCGCUCUACUUGUGUGCACACCAAUAUAUACAAUUUUGGUCAUCAUACGAGUGCAUAGAUCUCAUCAAUCUACAUAAUAUAUGCUUAUACGUAAACAAGUCUGUUUGUUUGUCAUGCGGUAAUAUAACUACAGGUCGGAUGUUUAAAUGUUUUUACAACUCCUUCUGCUAUCACUACUCUGCGACCCAUGUAGUUAGCGAAGACGUGAAAUCGUGGGACAAAGCUAACAAGUUUGCAGUAGAUUUUUAGAUAAUGAGAAACAAAAUGUAGUUUGAACUCUCAAUGUUUUACAAAUAUUGUAUUGCGACGAAGGCCUAAUUAGCGACGUGGCCAUAUGUUGUAAUCUCGUCAUAUAAAAGUAAAUAUUUCUAAUAGUGAAAUGUAAGUUUUUAAUAGAAAGUGCCAAAUACUGUUGACUGUGCUUGUCUAAUCGAAUCUAAAAACUCUUUAUCGAACGACUUAUUCGUUAAUUAGGCAUUAUCUUAAUAAUUAUAGUUUAUGUUUUCUUUUUGUUAUUUUGUAUAAUUUACGACUUUCUUAAAAGCGGUCGUUUGUAACUUGAUUAAUAUAAAUGGUUCGUACCUAAUGUCUUAAUUGUUUCUGAUACGUACUGAAGCAAUAGACGAAAAUCGUUGGUCAAUUAUUUUCAAUUACAUGUAUUCAUUUUGAAACAAAAUGUUUGUGACUUUUCGUUUUUAAAUUAAAAUCCUAAAUUGGAAUUCAUUUAAGUUUAGGGCUUAG